AUGAGGCUGGAUUCGUAAGUCUUAUGGCCACUGCCUCCGCCGUCGCAAGUAUUCGUUGACGUAGGAACUUGGAGUGUCUUGCCGGCACUUUAUAUAUGACGCGGAAUGCUUGGUUGGCGUCUUCCUGGUGGCCGGUGUCAACCAAGUGAGCCACAAUGGCGCUGGAAAUGAACUUUUCCUCGUUUUGAUAUAGUCAGGCAGGAUGGUGCUCUCACAUCCGCUUGGAUAGGCGCCUUGUUGUUGACCAAUGUAACCUGCUCCACAGGAGGAAGUGAACGCGUAGAUGUACAUUGCGUAGGGCUGAAACGGCAGCUUAUCCUUGUUUUCGAGGCGGAGAAGUGGGGUGCUAGAGAAAAUUAGUCUUAUUCUAGUAGAAGGGUACGUGCGUGCAAAAACGGAGUUUAGCCGACGUUGUAGAAGAUCAAAGGCCGGGUCUCCUAGAAACAAUAAAGUAAGAAAGUAUUCUUUCUUGUCCACCGUCAAAUAUUCGAGUUUGGUGGAUGAUCUUCCAUACAUCUGCUGUUUAAAUUUGUCGGGGAGCCAUUUCCUUGCACAGUGUUUUGCAUCCAGUGCAUCCGGAGUAAAAGUUCGUCUAGUUCUGUUGGUUAGACAACGGACAAGUUUCGUUUCUGACUUAGAGGAACAAAGCUGUAGAAGUUUGUGCAUUGUCCUGUCCAUGUUUUCCUGCAAUAUAUACUUCUGCGAAUUGUUCCAUUCUGCUAAGUAGGACGUCCAUAAAUGGCAGACAUUCCCCCUUCUCCCUUUCCAAAGUGAAGGUUAAUGCUGGGUGAGCCUGGUUUACUUUAAGCAGAAAGGCAUCCAAAUCCAGUCUAUCAUUCGCUUUAACAAAAAAGUCUUCGACAUAAUUAUCCCGCUGCCCUACAAGUCUGAACACAUUUACCCCAAAUUAUGACUAUUGUUCAUAAGUUGCCUUACUUCUCAAAUUUUGUUGCACUACCUGGACCUAUAUUAAUGUACCGGCCUGAUGAACAAUAGUCAAAAACGCACGUUCGCUGACUUGAACUUACUCAAAUAAAAGUGAGUUGCCCUGGGUGCCUACAGAACACAUCUAAACGACAAAAUACCAAAAUUAUCCUAGAGUUUGAAUGUGCUAAAAUGUUUCUGGUCCGGUCUGGGUGGUUUUCUAGGCAAUUAAUUGGGCACAUAUUUUUGUUUCUUGGAUGAGGGCAGUAAGUGAAGAUUUACUGUACACAUUUACGACAAACAGUAGCUCCCAACUCUACAUGAAAAGUAUUCUACCUAAGAGGCAAAGUGGAAAAUAGUCAGGCUUAUUUAUUGCAACAUCGUGUGCUAGUAAUGUUUUUUCUAAUAACUGAUAGAAUUUUCAAGCUGCCUAAUAAUGACUUCAAGACUCUUGUGGAUAUUAAACCGAUUGAGCGGCCUUAUCCCAACGGGUUGGUUUAAGGCUUUGUAAUGUAAUUUGCUUCAACCUAUCGUGACACUAUAAAGAGAGUUGGAAAGCAUGGAUCUGUCAAAUGCCUAAGCAUUCCUGUAACUUUGUGCAUAUUCUGUUUUAUCGGAUAUGAGUCAAAUAAAAAUUGUAUUCUACGAUCACUAACUAAUACUUUGUUCCUUGUAUUCGCAGUCAGCACUUCAAAGCCUUCGAUUUCCAGUGGUCUCCGGAUGAACAAUAUACAGAGCUGACUUAUUCCGCCAACAUAACUUAUGAAUUUGAAAGGAAACUCUCCGCAGGUGACCCGGAGAAGGAUAUUUUGUUUGCACCGAAAAUUCCCGACAUUGUAAGUCCGAACUGGAAUAUGUCGCCUCGAUAUUCCCGCACAUUUAUAUGUAACGUCCAAAAAACAAAAAUUGGCCAAUAGAAGCUGUAGCACAAUAAGCCAUUUCAAGAGCCUUUUAUUUUCUCUAAUGAACCACUGUCGUGAGCUGACACGAACUUGAACCGGAAAAAUGCUUGAACUUUGUAACAAAUCCUGAGUAUCUUACUUCGAGAUUUAAGCCGAAAUUGUCGUGUAAAUCUAUUUAUUCGUUCAAGUUGCACAUAAAUAGGUUGGAAUGACCACUCUGUAGGCAGCUUCUCAUGUUUUAAUUGCUAUCUUAUAUCCGUGCAUUAACCAACUUUAGCCUUUUCCCUCAGCGUAUUAAUGCACUCGAUUUUUUGCCUUGAGGUUAGAUUCUGAUUACACAGCUGGCUAAAAACUAACUGUUUCAUUAAUUUAUUUAUUAUAGUUUAAAGGCAACGUUUUCUGUUAACAGUACUAGAUUCUAAAUAAAUGAAACAUCCCUACUAAAAGUUGACCUCAAUAAAAAUUUAAAAAUAUCUUUUCGCGCAGGCUGAGCUAUCAGUUCUAGCUAUUUGUUUACUGCAGGUUUCGAAAUGAAGACACAGUCUCCACCUCUCUCUUAUUUGAACUAUCUAUGUAUGUUUCGUCUUCCUCUUCGGUUAUUCGAAAUUUUUCCCGACGUGAUCUGCAUCCAUUUUUCGAGACGUCGGCGCGAGACAUGAGAUGGGGCGUGUCAUCUAUCUUCAACAGAUUGGGUUAAUUUGCCUAGUUUUCAUGGACUUCAAUAUUUGCGAAACUUUGCAAACACGUAACUAUGGGAGGCACCAUCUUGGGACAUAUAUCUUUUAGAGAAGAACCUUCAAAAUGCAGAAGCCCCCUUUUAAACUGGAAAGAUGGUGUUAGUUUUGAGCAAUCAUUUGGUUAAAUGAAUAAAAUCGAAAGCAUUCGGCUGCCCAGUUGAAGAUGGCAUGCGCCACGCCCACAAAACACGCCUCACUUUGUUAAUUGACACUUUAAUGCGAGGUCAGGAGUACGAGUUAAAUCAGAAAAAAGACACUAGCUAUAUCAGAUUAAGAUCGUAAUGGAAGAAAGAUUAAAAUUUCAGCGUAGCAAGGUAUAAUCAAAAGAAUAACGAAGAGAACUGAGUUAUAGUCUGGCCACAAAAGGUUAAGUACUUAGAAUUAUCUCUAGCGACAUAUUUCCGUUUAAUUUUUGCAGGACUAAAAAUUAUUGAAUGCAUGUUUCUAGAUAUAAAAAUGACUUAUGCAGUUUUCUGAAUUAACUUUGACCAAACGGUAUCUAUAACUUACCUCAAAAAUCAAUGUUCUUUACGCAGCAUAAACGAAUUUCAAGGACCGCCUGAUGAAACUUUACUUUCCAUAUUACAGAAUCCUAUGGCAACUAAACCGGAUGUGGAAAUGAAAUAAAAAAUGACACUCAUAAACCUUUUUGGCCAAAAAGACUACUAAUAGACAAUUAAGAUCCCAAUUAAGUCCUAAACAAGAUACUAAAUUUUUGUCCACCUUUCUGGCUUACACAAUGAAUAACAGAAAUUUUCGGUUCUGCAAAAUAUUCGUGAAUAACGGGUGUUUCGUGAUUUAUCGCCCUUUAGAAUCUGCAAAGUUAACAACCCUUUAUCAGUUAAUCGGUUGGCGUUGCGUAGGUCUUUCCUAAACUUCAGAAUUUAAAGGUCCCAUAAUAUGCCUAGUUAUAUAGGCAAGUAACGUUUCCGCCUGUUUCUUGACUGACUUGCGUCCUCUACGGAAUGUCUCAAGUCAACACCGGAAAUACUUUUUCCAUAGUUACUCUUGAGCGUUUGCAUUCCGCAGACGCGAGCAGACUAGAAGCGCGCUGGUAAUUUAAAUGUUUGUCACAGGUAAGGAUAUUUUAAGAGGCAGAUUUGUUUAAAUAUGGCACUUAGGCAAGACCGUCGCCUAAACUAAUUUAUUCUGGCAUUUUUAGGUUAGACAAGCGAUAUCCUCUAGUAGUUUUUGCAGUUCGUAUAAAAAAGUCUACAGUAGAAAUGUAUGUUAGAAGCUUUCAAAGCGUAGCAGCAGCUGCGAGAAAGGCAUAAGUCCAGCUAAUCCGGAGGGCACUCCUAUUCUUUCUAAGAACUUUUCCUCAGACAUGUCAUUUAUUAUGUUGUAGAAAAUAGGUAAUUUUCAAAAAUGGGCAUUUCACCAGACGAUGAAAUAAUUUUGGGAGCAAACCACACUGUAAGCAGUUCGAUGAGAAGAUAUAAGCUACCAGCCGGCUCCAAAAAUCUUGAACUCUGUGGCAGACUGAAGGACAGUUUAUACGCCGUUUAAUGCGCCAAUCUCUCUAGGUUUUUUCUUUGGUAUAUAAAUUUUACAUUCAACGUCAAGCCUUUCAGACAUACCGAUUUAACACCAGAUUGUCCGUCUUUGUGACCUUAGUUUUAUUCCUCUGGCAGUUGUAUCAACAGAAAACCCACAAAUGUAUCCUAUAAUACUUCGGACUUGGAGGGGUGUUCGCUUUUGAAUCCGCUUAUUCGCGAUCUCCUGUAAAAGACGCAUCCGGCAAAAAGUGGUCCCUUACGUAGCAUAUAGUUUCAAGUUAAUUUUUGAUAGUCUUAUAAAUCCAGGUAUAUUUUGUAAGGAACGGACACAAAAGUACGCUUUCGUCCGCUCAUUCGGUAGAAAAUUAAGUCUUUUUGCACCUCAUCCUCGAAAAAGGAAUGCGUAUAUGCUCAGACAAAGUUUUAUAAUUCCAGAAUAAUAUUGGGUCACAUCAGCUGUUGCACUCAUGUUAAACAAUUUUAGCCUACAAGGUGCAAACGUUUCGCGUAAGAAAGAUCAUAUAUCCCUCUAGGUCUUUAAAAAGAUACCAUAUAGAGUUCACAGAGUUUUACAAUGAAUGCGGACUAUGUUGGAUAUUUCAUGUGGAGCAUUAAGAAACGGACAAGUGCGACGCUGUAUAAGUGGACAUUGCAUGAUCUUAAAAAAUUCAUUAUUAGAAACUUUUUAAAACCAAAAGGCACUCUUUCUUCAAGCACUGAUGUGAAGGUGACGUGAUUUUUUAUCAAGUAAGCAAAAGAAAGCAGACCUUUCUGGAUGUUUUCUAUAAAAUAUGUCGGAAUUUAAGGCCACAGAAAAUUGACGUCAAAAGCAUACUACUCAGGUAGCCAUUUUUUCCGAAUGCGGCUUUUAUAAGGGGUCGCAAAUAAGUGCAUUCAAAGGCGAACAACCUGCCAAUUACGGAAUACCGUAGGAUUAUUCCGCAUGAUAAUCGAUAUUACAACUCCACUUAAGUAAUCCUUCCUCACCGAAUACGUAUUUUAGAAUCUCCUCUGACAUUUCAUGAGAUCGGUCACUCGCUGUAUUAUAACUCGACUUACUAACUUACGCAUGUGGCUUGCUCAAUACUGACACCGAAGUUGGCCCCAAGGAUUUCGAAGAAAUGUAAAAUCAGUUAUGCAAGCCCUCCCCUUACAAAGAGUCAGAGGACAAUAUGCUUUUCACAUCUCAUAGGAAGAAGAUAUAUGCCGGCUUUUAACUGCCUUGAAUGGGCCCGCUGAUGUUGUCUGUAUUUCUUCCCCGACAGACUGUAUCAACACUCUUCGAAAAAUUUCUGCGGCAUCCGAAGAUGGGCAAAGUUACAAGACACUUCCUAAAACCAAUCCUCAAAACCACACCUCAUGAACUUCUGUGGGGCUAUGAGGAUAAGCUGCUGAAGACUUGCAAUCGCCUGGCUCCGGAAUUGUGCAAAAUGAGCGAAAUUGGAAUGCUGCAUGGUGUGAGUCUUCAACGCUUUUUGCUGUGAAAUCACUGCAAUGUCAUUCCGCAAGUAAAAACAAACUGCCUGAUUACAUUAAACUUGUCCAUUGUAGCGUUGUAUUACCCCCUCCUGAACUGAGUAUUCAAGUAUCUAUUCGUAGGUAAAAGCGUGUCGGACAUGUAAAUACAGACCCCCAUGCUAAAUGUACCCUCGGAACAAAUCCCGUGUCCUGGCUUUAACCCUAACUCCAAACCUAACCCCAAACCCUAAUCCUAACUCUCUAGCCCGCAUUCUAACAACAACGCUAACCUCAUUCUGUCUCGAAUUUAGGGCAAGGCCACCAGUCAUACCGGGGUCCAUAUUUCCACGCCAAAUCGUAAAAAUUAUACCUUGUUCCCUACAACCCGACUGACAACGGCACAAAGUAUCAGUUUUUACAUUGAAACCUUCUAAAAAUCUCUUCGGUGUAGGAUUAUAUGACCUCGAUCGAGUAACACAAAUGGACUUAUUUAUUUGGGCGAAAAGCUGAACCACGGAUCGUUCGUGUUCAUCUGCCCUCCCCCUGACUGCUGUACAUAACGACUGCUUUAAGCCAAACGCUGCAUUUCAAAGAACAUAUAAAUAUGCAUUUUAUGCAAACUGAAGGGAUACUGUUCUUUUAUAAUGGAGGAUUGAGGGAGUCGACAAAAUUCGCAACCAAGGGAUUUCUGCCACGAAGAAAACAUCAAAAACGAAUUGUUCGCACUGCGUAGUCCAGUAGUUUUGUGAGCAGGCUACUGCAGUUAUUCAAAAACCAAACUGUAACGUGUCACAGUGACGGCAGGGAACCAGAAAAGAUGAUAGUCGGACUUGCCAGACGCCUAAUGAGUGCUGGACAGAACUAUCUUUGGCAGAAUAGGAACAAAGCACAGUUCUCACUUUGAAAUUUCCCGCUCUUUUAAUCUCUUGCCCCCAUACAAGUCUCGUUAUCAGCUACGUUGACAACACUAACGUGUAAAAUACUUUAUAGUUGAAUACCUAAGUUUAUGCAGUGGCACUGAGACCUAGUAUGUUUUGCUGGGAUUUAUAGAUCAAUUUUUAAGGUUUUUAGUAUAUUUUAGUUGCAAGCAGUAGUGUGUCCUUAGACGCUUAUAUGGUUUGCCCUAAAAUCAUUCAUUAUCUAGAAUCAAAAGCCUUUUUAGUAGUUUGUUUGCUUAACUCACUGGAAUAAGAUAUAAAUUGUCUCGUCCCAUAUAUUCGUUAGCUUUAACUCAAACAAAUGAUUUUUGCAAGUUUGGUAGCAUGCAGGAACAUCCUAACCCUUUCAAAAACACUCUAUGUGAUGCAGUCGCAGAUUACCCACGACAAAACUCUACUUUUCAUUUUCAUCCAGAAAAAGAGCUCCAUUCAUGGACCUUACAAGAUAGAUACCGGUGUACGGGAUCACGCAAAAUUGGGCUUUCUACUAUCGGUAGAAAACAAAAGGUAACAGUAGAUUGUAGACUCUGCAUGCUGCAAUUUCUACGAGAACGAACCUAUUGGGUUGCGUUUUGGCAUCAACAAAUAAAUUGUAAACUGUUCUCAUUUUUAACAAUCCAGUUCAUUCGUGCCUUAACAGACUAUUUUUUCAGAUAGCUACAACAAGUAGAAUGAUAGUCGAAGCCGAUAUUUGCUGCGCGUAUCAACGAGUAUAGAAGGGUGAUAAUGAAGUUCAGAUUUGUUCAAAAUUUCCGCCUGAUUAGCCAAAUUACCCUGGGGGUAUGAUUACAACUUCGUAAAAGGGUAGUGCUGUGUCCAUAGUUUCUGAACUCACCUACCACUUGUCCGUUAUUGAAGCAAUUUUAGGAGACCCACAGUCACAAAUGCUGAGUCAGAGAGCAUGCCCGCACUAGACAUCUCCAUAAGCAACGGAUUGUAUUAUAAACUUCCCCUUUAAGGUGUGCUUAAAAUACUAACAGUAUAGCAAGCAACAAAGAUCGUUUUCCAUUAUGGUGAGAGCCGAAGACCAUUAAAACCUAGCUUUUUAGCAAAUGCUUCAGCUGUUUAGGAAAAGUGACGAUUUCUUUUUGAUGCGUUUUUGUAGCGAACUGGACGUUUGGGUAAAUCCAGAAGCCAACAAAUUUACCGGGCCAAGUAAGUGUCCAUUUUCAGAUAUUCUAAAUAAUUAAAUCACGUUUUUCUGCUUAAAAUUUUAAUAAUCAAGGAGGGUACUGCAACUACUUUGUUACUAGUUCUUUAAAUUUAUAAAAGCAUAGUUAACAGCACAGUUACAGCUGCUUCUGGUCGGUCAGAUCAAAAUCAUAACAGUCUUCGUCCUUACACAGCAGGGCUCCAAACUCACCAAAAGAUUGGGAAAUAGUUAACAUAAUUUGAGAUGUUAUUUAUCAGGCAAAAACUUAGCAGAUGACUCUCAACACUGAAGAAUGUAAAGCAAUAAGAGGAGGAAUUUUUAGGCAUUUUCAUGGACAAUAUCACUGAUGUGAAGUAUCUAUUUGUGUUCUAAUCAAAAACAACAAAUCUCGUAUUUUGAUUUCCCUUACGCUUAUUGAGUUAGAUUCCCUACUGCGGCCAUGUAGUGGAACACUUGUCAUGGUGGUUGUAAGAAUUGCGAGAAGGUAGGGUCCUUUAAAGAAUGUCGAUCAUGUUAAAAUAUAUUUUUUGCGAGGAGAGAAAACGAAUUAUGCCCGCCUUAGUAACCUUUUAAAAUUACUAGCCCAGUUCUAGUAAUUGCCCUGGGUUUUUUGCAUUAUAAAUUCCUAAUCAUAGCAGAUUUAAUGCGAAUGCGGCUCAAAAAAAGUAAACCUGUUUGCAGUGAGCAUUACAGAUAACAUAAAUACUUACUGACAUGUUACCUAUUUUAUUUCGAAAACAGUGUAUGCAUUCACCCCGCCGCAUGUCACUGUGGGCUCAUAUAGAGAGAUGUUCUCACCACUUGUCUGUCGCUCCUUCACAUUCAAAGUGGCGGACACAGUGUCACAUCCAAACUUCGAACAUUUAGAGGUAAGAUUUCCGAAAGGUAGUUAAUGUCGCCGACGUAAUUAGUGGUCAGUGUACUGCAUAUGGCCCAUUUAACAAGUAUUUGUAGAAUUUUCGUAAAAAUUAACUAUAUAAAAAUGUCAACAGCGCGGCAAAUGCCUUCACUCUUUUGUACAACUUCGACUUCUAAAGCAAAUUUCCCACGGCUCUACGCGGAAUGCAAUGGCACCUGUGUUUCAAGACUUUGGCAGAGUAAGGAUACUAAUGGGAACGUGAGCAAGAGGGAGAUGAUCGCAUUUUCGAAGACUGAUAUAUUUGUAUGGCAUGGAUACAAUCUUCACUUGGCCACAAAGUCAUAAAAAGCUUGCGCUUACUGUCUAAAGUCUAGGUUUUCCCAAAUCCGGGGAAAUAACGUCGACGCAACGCUAAAUGUAAUUACCGUUUGUUAUUUAAAGGAGGCAUGAAAUUUGCGCAAUAACCAAUUUUCAUAUAAACAAUGAAGAAGUAAAAUUCGGCAAACAUACGUUUUCGAUUAUUUGUCAUCGUGGGAAUCAUCGCGGACCUUAGGCAUUCUACGGUCCCCUCGGCGUUCAACGUUACAACACCCGCCCUGCCAGAGCGAUCUUCAUUUCCGACUUCAUGACGAACUAUGCUGUAAGAGAUGGAUAUUCUUAUGAGGCUUGAAGACUGUUUCGCAAAAGUCGGACUAUAAUCUCGAGUGCAACACUGAAAAUGCCGUCUACUUAAUCGAGUAGAAUGUAACGCGGAGAAGAUAGGCGAACUAUAUAGAAAUACUUACCAACACAUGGCGAUACAAAACGAAUAAGCUGACGAAGAAUGACGACCAUUUAGCAAUAUCAGUCCGGUAAACGCACAGGAUACUGUUACAAAUAUUUUGGUGCGGCACGAGCACAGGCUCAGUUCUUGAGAAAUCAUUGACCGAAAUAGUAUUCUUGAAGCAAAAAUGUUGCUUUCCUAAUCAGAGGCCAAAUAGAUUACUGGUAGGAGUUUCGUCUUAAGGCUUGUCAACCUAACGCAUGACUUAGUGUCUACAAUGCCGGAAGCCCGAUUUCACUGAAUUCGUUCUAACCUGUUGGUGACAGUUCACGAGCGAGUUCAACGCUCGCUGAUGAGAUUGAAUUCAGGAGACUGAAGUAAACUAGGGACCAAACCGAGAUCACUAGAACCUAACUCACAACACGUAGUCAGACGUUGAAAGUCCAAUGUUUUCCUCCUGAACAAGGAUUCGGAUCUCUUGAACCCGAUGGCGCAAGCCUCUCCAGGGCUGUAUGGUUACCAAUGAUUCACAAACCGAACCUUCCCAGGCAACCGAUAUUAAACAUGUGCAUUUCACCUUAUCACAGAAUUUAGAAGUUGUUGACCCAAACACCUCAACUGAUUCAACGCGAAGUAAAAUCAUGCAACCUAGAGGAUGCUUUUGAAUUUAAUAACUCCGUAAGGAAUCCAAAUCUUAAUAGGAAAACGACGUUUUUCUUAGAUGUCUAGUCUUUCUUCGCUAGUAUUCCUCCAGAGAAACGACGAAACAUCUAUGUGACGAGAUUGUUAAGUGGAAUUUCCCGGCUGGCUGCUCCUCUACCGCAUGCGGAAUGCUCAGUUCAGCAUCGAUUGCCAAUUCUUUCGCCAGAUGUAGUGAAAAUGGGAUUACCCUUGGAACCACCGCUAACGAACAUGUUCAUGCGAAAGCUAGCAUAGAAUUAGUUCUAUUUAUCUAUAAGAGACUUUGAUUUCUAUGCUGGAUUUGCUGAUGACAUUUUUAUACCAGCGGGUGAAAAACUUGAUUUGGACACCCUCCUAGAAAAAACAAAUCCAGCUCAGAACAAUACACAAAUUUCUACAGUUUUGCCCUAAAGCGUUAGAAAAGAAGCAAAGUCUGCAGUCUAAACAACCGACAUAGGAAACUGUGCACUGCGCGUAACUUAGAGGACGAACUCGCCUGUAUCUCGAGAUAUUUAAAGGAACAUCCGCCAAAACCGGAAGUAAGGUCUGCUUAAAUAAAUGAGCUAUUUCACACACUGCCGAUUUGAGGGAACUCGGCUAGCGAACUUCUGCAACGCCGCGCGAAUCAUGCUAUCGCGCACGUAUCCAGACGCCAAGAUAAGACUAAUUUUCUUCAGGACUUGGAGAUAAGGAUAGACUAUCCUUUUAGAAAACGUCAGCUUACAUUUACAUAUUCGCUUACUCCUGUGGAGCAGGCUAUAUUGGCAAAACGUAGGAAAGUCCAACUCUAACGUAACUGUAGGUGGCCUUGUUGACAGCGGCCACUGAGUAGACGUCAACCAACCAUUUCGGGCCACCUACAAAUUUGCGGCAAAAUACUCUACGUUGUUGCGCUAGCGGAUAUUUGCGACGACAGAGACGGCGGCCAUACGGCUAGCCAACCCAAUCCUCUGCCCGCUAAAGGCGUUCUUUCAGGCCUUUGCGUUAUCUUGGCACAAGCUGGGCCCCACGUGUGUGUACCCGCAUCCUGUCGAGCAGCAUCAGAGCGACGAAACGGAGGCAUAAAUUUAUGACAGUUUCCCCUUUAUUCCCCCCCCCAUGAUCCUUGGCAAAACCAUAUCACAUUUACCCCUGGUUUCUGACAUGCUCGAACUUCCUCAACCCUCUCCUCCAUGACUGCUCUUCGCUAGUUGCCUUCAACUUUCUAUGCUCUAUCGAAGCACAUUAACAUUAGUGCACCGAUCUGCUGACGAAUAAUCGAAAGUGCACCUUCAACUAAUUGAAUUUCUUUGAUUAAUUCUCGCUCAAAAUUUGUGACUAGUCAAUCGGAAUUCAAGCCUCAUUCAUAAAUUAAUCCGAGGGAUGUAAUUUCAAACCGAAAUGAAGUCAGAUAUCUGGCAUAUGUCUUUAUUCUGGAGGAGCAAAGUAAGAAACGUUUAGUGCAACAUUUAAAUGAGGUCGUUCAUAGGUCGAAGCAGUGUAUGAGCAUGCUGCUUAGGUGAUCUCUUUUCUAAAAUAUAAUACUUACUAUAGAUCAUGUCUGAUGCUAAAAUCAUUCAACGUAAGAAUGCCCGAGCAACGUUUGCUGAUUGACCGAAAAUUUGAAAGUUACUUUUUCGUUGCGCUUUGAUCACGUGUUUGUAUUAGUGUGUACUUUUUGUCCUCUACUCUACGCAGUGAAAAUGCAUGGAUACGCCACUGUCUCGCUGGGUUGACUUUCAUUUAAGCUACUGAAAACUCGCAUUUCUGGCUUCUUGCGAUAUUUGCAUAUGCCUAACGCAAGUGUACGGUUGCGUCUUGCUUCAGUAGCAAAACAUUUCCUGCGUUUUAGUAAUCAUGUCCUAUAGCAAAGUUCACUUUUGUCUCCAUCUUAUUCAAACCACAAUUAGUCUCCAUUUUUCCUUAAUUUCCGCACAGCACACCGCAUUCUAUGUCUUAAAACGGCUAAGCACCAAGUAAAGCUGAUACUCUUGGCCAUUUUCAGGUCCUCCAGAUGUCUCUGCUGCCAGAGACCUUUCAUAGUACACUUGAUCACCCUUCAAACAGAAAAUACCUCGUAAACAACACUCCGGGACCCGAAGUGCCCCCCAGUGGCGUUAUGGAUUUAUCCAAAUGUAUGGCGGUGGGCGGCCUACAAGUUCCAAUUUUCGGCUCCUUGCCCUUCUUCCGGGAUGCUUCAAUCGAAGUGUCCAGCGGGGUUGAAUUUAUAGACGCGCCGCCACCAGGUCCGGAUAUCGCUUUGAAAGUAGAGCCAGUGAGUCCUCCUAAUUGGCGACCUCUUUAGCUGUCUCCUAAACUGCUUUCACGGUCAUGCGUUACUUGAUUGUUUCGUGUACAUUUUAAUCAGAAAAUUCUACCGCUCAUCUGUUCUACUCCAAUAAAAAUCCAAAAAAGGCUUGCGCUGGUGCGCUUGCAGACAGUGGAGGGGGAGGAAACAGAAAAUGCGUCACAUUUCGUGCUAAAAAAUCAUACUUUGAUUUCCCAGAGCUAAAGGGCUACCUUUAACUCGAUGCUUUUCGAGCAAAAUGACUACUCUCACAACUUGAGGCUUAACAGACACAUGAGACCGGGGGGUUACAAAGCCCCAGGAUGUUACAACAGAGUAAAGUUAAAAACUUGAUCAUGAUUGCCGGGUUAAAGGGUGCAUUCGCCGAUAUCAAUAGUGAAAGACUCACCAUACACACUUGUUAGUUACCGCGCUACUCGAGAGUCCUUCUAACUACUCUAUCUAUCUUGCUUUUUCACUUCGUUUUCUAAAGAAAAGACAUUAUAAAUGGCUGUUAGCAUUCAGCGGAUCUGGACAGCAAGCAUAGGCGUCAGAGAGGCGCGGAAAAGCCGUUAUCUAACUAUUUAUUCCGAAAUGGUUUUUCAAUUUUCAUCAGUUUUGUUCAGAUAUGUUCAUUUUUCCUACCCAUUUCGGCUUCUUAUAAACUAGUGUCAAUUUCCGAAUAAAAUUUCGUCUUAGAACGGCAGAUGUAUGUACUUUAACGCCAGAAUUAUAAAACAAUUCUUUUUAUGCCGGACAAAACGCCAAUUUUUUAAUAUAAUUUGUUAAAACACCUCACACACCUCUAGACGUAACUUAUACUCUGCACAUUGGACUUGUUAAUAAAGAACUGAAUUUUAACACCAGUUUUCAGAAAAUGAGAGAAUGGUUUGCUAAGCCGUUGUUCUCCGUUUAGGCAAAUCAUCAAGACGAGGAAAAACAAAAAUUCACUUGUCACUUAGAGUGAAAGCAUUUGAAAUUUCAGGAAACACAUCCUUCAGAUUCUCAAAAGUGCGUAAUGUAGUUUACAAAUUACUUCGUCCGGGAAAUCUUCCUCCUUUAUCCUUUGAAAAGAACACCAGCGGCCAUAUUUACUAAAGGGUAGCUGUUUUUUUCUAUACCAAAAUCUACACUGGUCCUUUCGUCAGCAUUUCAGGACAGCGUAAAUUGUCUAGACAGUACUAACAUCUAGUAGCAAAUUUUCUAUCUUUAAAAUGCAAGAUAUAUGCCAGGAAGCAGAAAUCAUUUAACCAGGACGGACGGUUGAGCAAUUAAAGCCAUCUUGAAGUGAAUUAUGUUCGAAGACUCGUCAUUAAUAAAAUCCAGCUUCAUGAGUUUCGCACCUGGAGUAAAUAGUUUCCCUCUUGAAUAAUAAAGAAGUGGCCGAGGACUGACAGUGCUGUGCUGUUUCUUAAAUCAUUCAAAAUGCAGUUUUGAAGUCACUAGUCUCACUAAAACUUAAAAGUUCGCAAGGCAAUAAAAAUGUCGACCUGCCUCGCGUCGGCCUUCGUAUCAGCCUGGAAUCGCCACGGACGUAAACCCUGCAGGAAGUUCAAAAUGUACGGGGCGGCAGUUCUGACGACGCUGCUAUACAUGGACCUACGGCAAACAAGCUAGGCAUCACAAUCGCUUCCACCUCAGCUGCCUCGGAGAAUAGUAAGGCUGGUGUAGCAGAUCAGAAAUGGAAGUCGUGUGACGGAGCGGAAUCCUCAGCAUUGACGCCAUGUUAAUGCAAGUCCGUCUACAACGGAGCGGCCAUGUUCUGACGAUAAAUGACCAGGGCCUACUAACUGGCUCUUUUACUGCGACGUCGCAGUAAGUGCCCGAAGCUUACGAUCUGGGAGGACAUCAUUCAGGACCGACCGUUCCGGAGAAGAGCAGCGAAGACUUGAGCAGUAGUCUACGCGGCCAACUGGAUCGUCACUGUCAAAGCAAAGUCUCAGGCACCUUCGAACCACAACUCCAGCAUCUGAACACAUCCAUCGAAAACCGACAGGGCCCAGUGGUUAGAGGCAUGGACUUCUAAUUAACAGGUCGCGAGUUCGAGCCUCGAAUGUGCCACACUUCGAGGUUGGGUAUAACUGGCUGACGACGGCUAAUAAGCCAGAAAUGGUCAUUCCAGUCUCCCUUGUCUUUGUCGGUAAUGACAUACAUCCAAUGUGUCCACGUUGCCAAUAACCAGUCUGCGCACUACUCGGCCUCGUCGAACAUCUCCGGACCCAGCGUAACAAAUCCCAUAGAUCCAAUUACUGUCUCUGCAAAUGCAUCCAUAUUCACCCCUAUAGAAACCCAAGCAACAGUGAUCACCACCCCUAUUGCCGUCACCGGUGAUCACACACUCCUGAUGUCCCAACCUCCUAGUCGACAUCGUAGACCCCACCAACUCUAUCAUUCCCGCCAAAACCUCUGUGACGACGGCGAGAACGACUACCACCUCGUCCACUCCCACCACCGGUGAGGACGCUCUCGAUGCCCCGUCAAAUAAAAUCCUAAACACCACUGCGCACAACAGCAGUUGCGCGGACUCGAUCCCAAUCUGUCCUCAUUAUGAUUUCGCCUUCAUUCUACGCAUAGGUCUGGUCGGUCACUUACAAAUCUAUUGCAUAGAGGCUGGCGGCACCAACGCAAACACCCAUAGCCCUCGUUUUAAAUUGCCGAGGCACAUUGAGUCAUCCCAUGAGCCUACCCGGCCGCACGCGAUUCUGUAAAAUCCUGCAGUAAAACACUCUCCGUCAGGCCUAAUCACCACACUUCUCCUCACAAGCUCAUGCCCCACACACGAACCCCUUCCCAUUUCUCACCACAGGCACGAAACCAGCACCUCUUACAUACAGUAAGUGUGGUAACUCAUGAAAUUUUAACCGAAAUUCUAAAAUGCGUUUUCGUAUCAUAAAGAUUGCUUGAGUAGAGUUUUAAAAUUAGUUAUCCUGCAGCAUAAUUCUAUAAUAAUUCAGUUAUCUCAGGACGCCGGCUUUCAAACAAACUUGCUUCCGGCCGCAUGCAAAAACUCCACGGCGAAAAAUAACUACUUCCGUAGCAUGAAUUUUUCUCAUUGAUUUCCGAUGCCACUGAAUGUCCAAUUUUAUUUCAUAGAAAACAGGCAUAACAUAUUCAUUCUUUUGCUCAUUAGGUAGAAAAUUAUGUCUUCUUCCAAUUUUAUACACGAAGGAAAGGAAUAAUUCGGUUUAAAAAAAACAUUUUUGAUCCCCGAAUAAUUUUGAACCCGAUCCGCCGUCACACUUUUAUUCCGGGUUUCAAAUCUACAAGCCGUACAUUUUCAGCGUACGGAAAACCAUACAUUCCUCUAUGGUAUUAAGAGGAACCUAUAUGGGGUUCAUAAAAUUUAGCAGUGGAUUUGAGCCAUAUUGUAAACUUUACAAGCAACAUUAGCAAAUGCAGAGACACGAUGUUCUAUAAACUGACAUUCCACGGCAUUUAAAAAUCUCAUAAUUAGAAACUUAACAGAAUUAUAUCCUUCCUUUGAGUAUAAAAUUGGAAGAAGACGUACUUUUCUACCGAAUAAGUAAAAAAUGAAUAGUUUAUGCACGUUUUAAAUGCAUGCUAAUUAAGUAGUCAUUUUUCACAGAGUGUCUUCAUUGCAUGCAUCUGCAAAGAAGAUCGUUCGAAAGCCGGCACCUCGAUAGAACUGAAUUAUGCUAGCAUUAUGCAAACAGUAUGACUAAUUUAAAACACCUAUUUAAGUAAUCUUUAUGAAACGAAGACGCAUUUUAGAAUUUCGGUUGAAAUUUUAUGAGCUACAAUUAUCAAGUCAAAUCUCAGAUUCGAAGAAGACAAAAGGUAGUAGAAUGAGAGGUAUAAUGUAUACAGGUCCCGGAGUUGUACUCUCAGGCGCCAGUAGCCACUGGCAAAGCCCGGACUGGUGUUGACUGCGUCCAGUUAUGCCUGAGAGUCCCUUGAACAGUGGUGACCAGCCACUUUUGUAGGCUCAUGGGCCAAGCUCAAGUUGUUUCCCGUCAGUGUGUGCUGCAUUUGCCGAGGGGUGGUUUCCAGUGGCCUAGGAGGGCGGUGCGUUCAAGUGGCCUCAUGGGCAGCUGCGGCUGUGUGGACGCAGGCAUGUCCGAGCUGUUGGUUGCGUGACUUCAGGUCAGCGCGUCUAGAACGGCUCACUGCAAAAGGGUGGAUGACCUUGAGGCAGAGAGGUCCUGAACUAUGACGCCAGACCGCUCAUGAUGGCUGUCCGCUACAGGUAGGGAUCGAUUUUUAGGCUCCUUCUCCGUGCGGCCUCUCUGCCAGGCUGGAACCUGUCGGUCCGGGCAGUCCGGCCCCUUUUGUACGAAAUCCUGAUGUCUUAUGCCAGGAGACAGGUCGUGUGUGUUGCACACGCAGUCGGGCCUUGUAGUUCCGUGAGCCAUAAGGCCCAAUCUGACCUGAUCGGACUGUGGAUUGGUGGAUGGUGGAGGGAAGACAGAGUGGAGUGGACUGUCAGCGCGUAUUCCUCACUACUGACAGUCUGACGAGCUGUGGCAUGGAAGAUUUUCAGCCGAGAGGACAACUUGGUUCUCCUCACAGGACGGAGAUCUGAACUGAUUAGGAGUGCCGUAGGGGUCACAUUGAGAAGGGGGCAUUGCGGCCUUUCUGGCUUUGAGAGAACGCGAUCUAUUUUGUACGCGAAGCUGGGCUGUUUGGCUGCAACAGCCAAUGAGCCUUACCCCGCCUCUGCUCUUCGUGACUCUGCCUUGACAAGAUGGUGUUCAGGUUGGUGGGCAGGAGAGAGUGCGGUAAAGGUAGCGCAGGUCUAGCACCAAUACAAAUCAAUUCAGAUGCAGAUUAUCUCUCUCCUAAACCCACCGUUCUAUGUAGGCAGAUAUAGUCAGAAGCGACGGGUGAACUGUGGAGACUUAAUGAAACAUUCGGAGAACGGAUUUUAUUGCAACCGUCUCCGAGGAUGGGCUCGAGUGAGAAUCCGAAGCGUCAGGCCAAUAAACUUCUUGUUCCAGUGGUCGCAGCCUUUUCUUCUGGAUUUUACUAUUUAAUGUAUUUGUCAAAUGACGGUAGUCCAAACUUGCAGAUCAAACUAGGUAGGCGUCAGUGUACUUGAGUAGAUUUACUACCUUCCAGGCUGGUUUACUGGAUGUUUUGGCGUCGCAAUUUAAAUAAGUGUUUGUGAGAGUCUCGAGAAGGAACUGGUCGUCGGCCUUUAUUGUUCCGAUAGGUAAAUCACCUUACUUCUGCCCUUCUUUAGCAAACAGGGCUUAUUCUUGAGGGAACGAAGCGCCUCCAAUUCAAUAUAUACUCUCGAGGGACAAAAAACCAGUGAGUUUUUUCUAAACAUCUAAAUCACUCUUUUUUAAUUUCACAACGCAUGCAUCAUUGCAUUCCGCGACCUGUUCAUUAAAGUGUUGGUGUGUUCUAAAGUGUCGAAGAAUGGCGUACUUUAAAAUGUUCACAACAUUUAGAAGUUCUAUUCUCAGACGUCGAUGACCUCUCCAUGGGAAUUUUUCAAGAUUCCCUAAGGUUUCUACUUUUAUCUGAUUUUAGUGGAGUAUUUCGGGAAUUCCCGGAUGAUAUAUUCUUGCCACUCGCGUACGUCUCAGAUGUAAGUCACUGUUAUCCCUGCUUUGUGACCUGAAAAUUGCCACAUACUUAGUUCUAACGAUCUACCCCGUACAGAACAGACAAACAAACGCGAAGGCACCAUAUUAAUGUUAAAAGUAUUAAAACGACCAUUUGUUUGCAGUCCGGGUGAAAUACGCUAAAUUAUCAGGCGCGCUAAAUUUCAUAACAGAGUUGAUAUAGCAUUCUUACUGCCCGUUUUGUACCAUUUCGACAAAACAACCAUUCGGUUGUCCUGCUUUCCACUGGCGCUGUUCUGAGAAUGAUCCGAAAUGUUUUAAAGCACUCAUAUUGGCUUAGGAAGCGUUUCCGAGCGGGAUAAAACUAAAUAAGCACUUCCUUAUUUUCUGAUUUUCUUGCUGUUUCUCAUUUAAGUACGAAAUUGCCGGGAAAGAGGUCGUGGAAAAUCUGCAUUAUAUGCUGAACGUCUUGCCCAAGAUACUUGCAAACAUUCUACUCAGUGUCGCCUGUCUCUCUCUUCUUGCAAUCCUCUCGACGUUGGCCAUAUUCCAUAUACUUCUUCUCCAAGUAGACUACUCAUAUGCCUACCUGUUUUCCAUUUUACUCGGCAAAAGUGAUCUCAAAAAGCUCUUCGUUGAUGAGGACUCACUUUCUGUAUAUUCGCAGGAGGAAAAGGUGGACUUUUAA